GAGUGGAUCGGUGACCUCCGGCGUGGGUGGGCACUAGGAGCGCGGUAGGGACUCACGAUUGGCCAAGGCAACUGGGGCGGGGCGAAGCGCAGCCGCGCGCCGGUUCCGGUCCGGGCGGCGAUGGCGCCGGGUUCCUGGCGGUGGGUGCGCGGUGUCUGGGCGGCGGGGCAGCCGCUGUUCCAGGGCCGCGCGCUGCUCGUCACCAACACGCUGGGCUGCGGCGUGCUCAUGGCGGCCGGGGACGGCGCGCGCCAGGCCUGGGAGAUCCGUGCGCGGCCCGGUCAGACGUUCAGCCCGCGGCGCUCAGCCCGCAUGCUCGCCGUGGGCUGCAGCAUGGGCCCGUUCCUGCACUACUGGUACCUGUGGCUGGACCGCGUCCUCCCCGCCGCCGGCCUGCGCGGCCUCCCGAACGUCGUCAGGAAGGUGCUCGUGGACCAGCUGGUGGCCUCCCCGCUGCUGGGCGCCUGGUACUUCCUGGGCUUGGGCUGUCUGGAGGGCCAGACGCUGAGCCAGAGCUGCCAGGAGCUGCAAGAAAAGUUCUGGGAAUUCUACAAGGCUGACUGGUGCGUGUGGCCGGCGGCGCAGCUGGUGAACUUUCUCUUCGUGCCCCCCCAGUUCCGGGUCACCUACGUGAACAGCCUGACGCUGGGCUGGGACACGUACCUGUCCUACCUGAAGUAUCGGAUCCCGGGGGCCCUGGCGCCCCAGGCUGGGGAUUGAGCCGCCGUGCCCAGGACUGGAUGCCGGACAGGGCGGGCCGCCUCGGAGCGACCCACUUCCGCCAGAAGAGGACGGAUUCCUCCAGCUUCGGAUCCUGCGCCCCAGACGGGCCUCCGCUCCCCGGCUGAUCAGCUCGAGCUCGCCACACAGCCCAGCCAGCCCGGAGCCCCAGGCCCGCAUCCCUGCCGCGGCCUGGCUCCUGCCAUGAGCAGGCGGCCAUCCCAGGGCACCCCGCCAGAGCGGCCUGCGGUCUCCGGCUCGCACUGAGAACCCCAUUAAAUUGCGAUCCCGGGCUCCCGGUGCCCCAGGGCGGCCACGCACAGGGACACCGCGUGGUCCAUUCGCUUUAUUGGA